AUGCGGUCCGGGAACAUGGAUUUGUGAUAUGGCCACGGACUUCCCUAAUUCAAACUUCACAGGUGUCGAUAUAGUCACCACAUUCCCAACAGAAAGGCCCCGAAAUGUUACCUUUAAAAAUGGUGGCGUAAUAACAGGGUUACCGUUUCCUGAUAACACAUUUGACUUCGUUCAUAUGAGCUCAAAAGUGCUCUAUUUCACGGAAGCAGAGUGGAGGACGAAAAUCGUCGUUGAACUCGUAAGAGUUCUCAAGCCCGGAGGUUACUUGGAACUUGAGGAUGGAGAUGGAGAAUGCUAUAAUAUGUCUCCGACAUAUGACCGCAUAUCCAAAGCGGGUAUUUAUUCACAUCAAUUAAAAAAACAAAUAAAUGAACAAAUCGAGGAGAUAAUGGAAUCCUCUGGGUUAAUAAAUAUUCGGCAUAGGGAAGUUGUCAUCCCAAUUGGAAACUGGGGUGGAAAUUUAGGAGUGUUGAUGGUAGAUCUAGUUGGAAGUCUUUUUUACGGCCUCCGUGAUAAGAUAACUAAUCAGAUGAAAAUUCGUCCUAAGGAUUUUGACCGAAUCCUAGAAACAUGCAAAAAUGAAUUGGACGUUUAUAAAACUUAUGCCAAAA